CCUACACCAGCAAAUAUGCGUGAUUCUGCAGGAGAAAUAUUCCUUUUUGGCAUUCCAAUUCUGCUGAAAUCCGUACCAAUGGCAUGCAAAGAUGAUGAAGAAGCCCAAGAGGGAUUCAAGAAAGACUCAGACAUGGCUGCAGCAGAAGCAGAAGUAGCAGAACAACUCAUGCAGUUAAGUGGAGAUGAAGAAGAUAGACAGAGUAUAGCGACCACCUUUGAGGAGAAGAAAAGAAAGGACAAGGAUCAAGAUGAUGAUCAAGGCAUUAGUGGUGCUGAGAGCAACUGUCGAUUAAUCGAAUCUAAGAAGAUUAGAAAAGAUGAUCCUCAUAACAAGGGCUCUAACGCAAAGAAGAGGAAAUCCAAGUAUCGGUCGAUCGAUGAUAUUUAUAUGGUGACGAAGCCAAUGAAUGAUUCUGUGCAAAGAAGUUGAAACCUUGAAGAAGCUCUAAAAACUUUUGGU